CUCCGUUCGUCCUCCCUCGACCAUCUGAGGCUCGAAUCCUUGGUCUCUUCCUGCCAUCAUGGUGUACCCGGCUCAGAAGCAUGUGCUCAAGGUCUUCGGGGAGAUAGUCAAGGCGCUACCGCCUUCAGAACAGGCAAAGCCUCAAGUCCUCUUACUCGCAGGAGAAGUAACGCCAUACCGCAAUGACACCGAUCGCGAGAUGCACUUCCGACAAGAGUCCAACUUCUACUAUGUGACUGGAUGCAAUGUCCCUUCCGCGCACUUGCUAUCCACCUUCCAGCUCGGAACCUCGUUCGAGACCAUGCCCACUGUAGACCUCUUUAUCCCGCCUACUGAGCCCGCCGACAUCAUGUGGUCAAUCCCUCCCCCGACCGCAGAGGCAGCGAAGCAAACGCACGACGUAACGAAAGUAGACUACACUUCUACACUCCCGGAUGCGAUCGCGACUCUGCUGAAGGCCUUCCCGGAAGCCCUCUUCCAUACCCUACCGCGCGCGUCGCCGCUCUUCCCCUUCCUCCGCGAGGAGUAUGCAGACAUGAUCAUGAAGAGCGACGGCGCGAUCACGGAUGCAUAUCUCCUACCUGCCCUACACCGUGCGCGUCUGGUCAAGGACGAGGAAGAGGUCGCCUUGAUCCGCAAAGCCAAUGCAAUCAGCUCGCGCGCGCAUGAGGUCGUCAUGCGCGUCCUUGGGAAAGCUGUCAAGGGCCUGGUCGAGCGGGGAGCAGGCGCAGGCACCGAUCGCCCUCUCCUCCCCGGGGAUUGGCUAAUUGAGAAGGAGGCCGAGGCGGAAGCAAUCUUCGUCGCCUCCACGCGACGAGAAGGCGCGAUCCACCAAGCCUACCUCCCCAUCGUCGCCGCCUCGAACCGCGCCUCAACCCUCCACUACUGCUGCAACGACCGCGAGUUUGCCUGGGGCCCUGUCGACCCGCACGACCACUCGAACAAGCAGGCGUUCGCGCAGGGGCAGGACCAGUCCCUCCUCCCGCAGGUCCUCCUCAUUGACGCCGGCUGCGAGUGGUCGAACUACGCCGCGGAUAUCACGCGCACGAUGCCCGUGGGUAAUGGCGGCAAAUUCAGCCCCGAGGCGCGCGAGAUCUACAAGCUCGUGCACCAGAUGCAGAAAGAUGCGUUCGCGAUCCUGGAGCCGGGUGUGCACUGGGACAAAGUCCACGCCCUCACGCACCGCGUCCUCGUCAACGGCUUCAUCAAGCUCGGCAUCUUCAAGUGCCCGGCGGACAAGCAGCUCUCCAACGACGAUCUCGAAGCCGUCGUCUUCAACCUCGGCCUCAGCUGGCCCUUCUACCCGCACGGGCUCGGGCACAGUCUCGGCAUGGACGUGCACGAUGUGCCGAGCGCGUCGAAGCCUGCGGUCAACGACUCGCUACUUCAGCUGACGCCGGAGGAGACGGGGCCGAAGGCGCUGUUUGAGUACCUGAGACUGCGACUUCCUUUGGAAGAGGGGAUGGUCGUGACCGUCGAGCCCGGCUGCUACUUCCACCCGCACCUCCUCGCGCCCAUCUACGAGAAGCGGUCGGAGUACAUCGACUAUGACGUUCUGAAGAAGUACGAGGGCAUGGGCGGGGUGCGCAUCGAGGACUGCGUGCUGAUCACGAAGAACGGGUACGAGAACCUGACGACGGUGAAGUCGGACGUGGAAUGGGUUGAGGGGGUAUGCUCUGGGGAGCUGUAAUCCUUGGAUGGUUGUACAAUUCUAGUGAAGUGUAUGUAUAACAGCAUGUAUCGAAGGAUAUCUACGUCGGUGUAUAGAAGGGCAUGUCCAGUCCUUGGCUGCAAGACCGUUGAACUCGAUGGCGUCUCGCGAGUGACCAUUAAUCGUACCGGAUAAGAAUCCGC